AUGGUGAACUUAUUCAACAACUCAAAUAAUGCAUUUGAUGCCCUUUUCAAUAAUGUUGGUACAUUUGCACAAAACUCUACUCAAGGCAAUAACCGAAAUUCGAACAGAAAUGACAUUCAAGUGAAAGAGUUGAACAAGAGUAAUCAGCACGAGAUCCAAGUUUUUAACAGGAGUGGUUAUCAAAAUUUUAAGAUUGAGGUAGUCAGACAAGGAGGUCAACUUUAUUUGCAAAUCCAAUCAAAAGUAGAUAGAUUUGAGAGAUAUUUCAAGUUGAAUACUGCAACUGAGGAUAUUAACAAUAUCAAGUCAUAUAUCGAAAAUGAUUGGUUAAUUGUUGCAGUUCCCUUCAUAAAUAAAGGAACUAGAUCCCCGCAACCUAAAAAUGUUCCGGAGCAUCCAUCUAAGAAACAAGAUAAGAAACAAGAUAAGGAGCAGAAACAGCAGAACAGCAGAAACAACAAACGCAACAAACACAACAAGAACAGCAAAAACAGCAAAAGCAACAAAAACAGCAAAAGCCACAGAAAGAAUCAAAGUAUGCCAGAGUUAAGAAAAUUUUUGGAAAGAAGAAAAAUGAUAGUAAUCAUCCUGUUAGUUUAUUAG